ACGGGGCGGGGCCUGGGCGGCGGAAGUGCGCCGCAGCGCGGCAUUCUGGGGCCGGAAGUAGGGCGCACGCUGUGGACUUGUGUCAUGGCGGCUCCGCGGAGCCGCAAGAGGCGCCUGGCGGAGCUGACGGUGGACGAGUUCCUAGCUUCGGGCUUUGACUCCGAGUCCGAAUCCGAGUCCGAAAACUCCCCGGAAGCGGACACGCGGGAGGCACGCGAGGCUGCCCGGAGUCCGGAUGAGCCGGGCGGGAGCCCCUCGGCCAGCCGGCGUAAAGGCCGUGCCUCUGAGCACAAGGACCAGCUGUCUCGGCUGAAGGACAGAGACCCCGAGUUCUACAAGUUCCUGCAGGAGAAUGACCAGAGCCUGCUAAACUUCAGCGACUCAGACAGCUCUGAGGAGGAGGAGGAGCCGUUCCACUCCCUGCCAGAUGUGCUGGAGGAAGCCAGUGAGGAGGAGGAUGGAGCAGAGGAGGGGGAAGAUGGGGACAGAGUCCCCAGAGGGCUGAAGGGGAAGAAGAGUUGUGUUCCUGUGACCCUCGCCAUGGUUGACAGAUGGAAGCAGGCAGCAAAGCAACGCCUCACUCCAAAGCUCUUCCAUGAAGUGGUACAGGCGUUCCGAGCAGCUGUGGCCACCACCCAGGGGGACCGGGAAAGUACUGAGGCCAACAAAUUCCAGGUCACGGACAGUGCUGUGUUCAAUGCUUUGGUCACCUUCUGCAUCAGAGACCUCGUUGGCUGUCUCCAGAAGCUGCUGUUUGGAAAGGCGGUAAAGGACAGCAGCAGGAUGCUGCAGCCGUCCAGCAGCCCGCUCUGGGGGAAGCUCCGUGUGGACAUCAAGGCGUACCUGGGCUCGGUCAUACAGCUGGUGUCCUGUCUGGCGGAGACGACGGUGUUGGCGGCCGUGCUGCAGCACAUCAGUGUGCUGGUGCCCUGCUUCCUGACCUUCCCCAAGCAGUGCCGCAUGCUGCUCAAGAGGAUGGUGGUCGUAUGGAGCACUGGGGAGGAGUCCCUGCGGGUGCUGGCUUUCCUGGUCCUCAGUAGAGUCUGCCGGCACAAGAAGGCCACUUUCCUCGGCCCCGUCCUCAAGCAAAUGUACAUCACGUAUGUGAGGAACUGCAAGUUCACCUCGCCUGGUGCCCUCCCCUUCAUCAGUUUCAUGCAGCGGACCCUGACAGAGCUGCUGGCCCUGGAGCCGGGUGUGGCCUACCAGCACGCCUUCCUCUACAUCCGCCAGCUCGCCAUACACCUGCGCAACGCCAUGACCACCCAUAAGAAGGAAACGUACCAGUCUGUGUACAACUGGCAGUACGUGCACUGCCUCUACCUAUGGUGCCGGGUCCUGAGCACUCUGGGCACCAGCGAAGCUCUCCAGCCCUUGGUCUACCCCCUUGCCCAGGUCAUCAUUGGCUGUAUCAAGCUCAUCCCCACUGCCCGCUUCUACCCACUGCGAAUGCACUGCAUCCGUGCCCUGACGCUGCUAUCAGAGAGCUCGGGGGCCUUCAUCCCAGUGCUGCCUUUCAUCCUGGAGAUGUUCCAGCAGGUCGACUUCAACAAGAAGCCGGGGCGUAUGAGCUCCAAGCCCAUCAACUUCUCUGUGAUCCUGAAGCUGUCCAAUGUCAACCUGCAGGAGAAGGCCUACCGGGACGGCCUGGUGGAGCAGCUGUACGACCUCACCCUGGAGUACCUGCACAGUCAGGCACACUGCAUCGGCUUCCCGGAGCUGGCGCUGCCUGUGGUCCUGCAGCUGAAGUCCUUCCUCCGGGAGUGCAAGGUGGCCAACUACUGCCGACAGGUGCAGCAGCUGCUUGGGAAGGUUCAGGAGAACUCGGAGCACAUCUGCAGCCGCCGCCAGGGGGUUUCCUUUGGCGUGUCUGACCAGCAGGCAGUGGAAGCCUGGGAGAAGCUGACCCGGGAAGAGGGGACCCCCCUGACCUGGUACUACAGCCACUGGCGCAAGCUGCGUGACCGGGAGAUCCAGCUGGAGAUCAGUGGCAAAGAGCGGAUGGAAGACCUGAACUUCCCUGAGAUCAAACGAAGGAAGGUGGCUGACAGGAAGGAAGAGGACAGGAAGGAAUUUAAAGACCUCUUUGACCUGAACAGCUCUGAAGAGGACGACACCGAGGGCUUUUCGGAGAGAGGGAUACUGGGGCCGCUGAGCACUCGGCAUGGGGUGGAAGAGGACGACGACGACGAGAGGCUGGGGCCCCUGAGCACUUGGCAUGGAGUGGAAGAGGAUGAGGAUGCCUCUGAGGGUGAAUGGUCUUGGGAUGGAGACCCAGACGCAGAGGCGGGGCUGGCCCCUGGGGAGCUGCAGCAGCUGGCCCAGGGGCCGGAGGACGAGCUGGAGGCUCUGCAGCUCUCAGAAGAGGACUAAGGCAGCCCAUCUGGGGGCCUGUGGGGGUUGCCGUGCUGGUGGCCAAUGCUCCCACCUCUCUGGCAGUCAGGCCCAGAGGCUGGCGUCUCUGCAGCUGGGGGAGGCAGUAGACAGGGCACAGGCUCUAUUUAUUUUUCAGCAUGGAAGAAAGACCAAACGUACUGAGAGCUGCGCUGGGCCGGCGUGGCUGCUGAAGCCCCACAGCUCUGGACUGAAGUCAGCUCUGCGGGGGAGAUGAUGACCCUGCUGUCAGGAGACUAGACCAGUCCUGGUUCCAGGGGGAGGCCUGCAGACCUCUGCCCUCCAUCUGCAGACCUCGUCUGCACCAGGCUCUACAUUCACUCCCCCAAGUCUUUGGAAAUUGCUUCCUUUUCUUUGAAGUCACAUUUUCCUUCAAAAUUUUUUGUUUUGCAUCCAAAACCAAAAGAAAUAAAGCUGUGGGAGGCAGGGCCAUUGU